AUGGAGACUAAUAAUACUUUGACGAGUCAAUUGGUGGGCGUUGUCUUUGGGUUGAGCGACACAGCAAUUGAAGUACCUGCACUUGGCGUCCGCAUUCCAAUUCUCGAACUACUGCAUGCCAUCUUGAUCAACUAUACGUACCGUACUGCGCUCAAGCAAAGUCAUGUCGAGAUUGGUUGGGGCCAGGGAUUGCUUGCAACCAUUGUCAUGGCUGCUGGAGGUGGAUCGACUUCAGCCUUGUUGCUUGGCAACCCUCUUGGUAUUCUAAAGAAUAACAGGUUCUGGGGUAUAUACGGGGCAACUUACUGGCUCAUGUUUUCGAAUCCUUACUUUUAUCAAUUCCUUCAAUAUCUGUUUGCUAUUCCAUUGGUGGAGCAAGUGUUUACCGCUGCGGAUGGCAUCGUGCGGACCUCAGGAGUAGUUAAUGCUGGUAUCAUGAGUGUAGCCAGUAACAAAGAGCUCGGUGAUGACAAGUGGGCAGCCAAGAUCAUUUGCGGAGCUCUGUGUGGAUGCGGUGGUGGACUAUGGGCAGGUUUGUUGAUGCUUUGUUUUCUCAUAACCUGCUAG